UCCGUCAUCAUCAUCACCCACUCACUCGCUCUCAUUGUUUCUCUCUCUAAAACUUUUUAACAGAAAAAGUGCAGCAACAGCAGAUAAUUCCUAGAACCUUCGCUUGCUCACACAAUUCGGAUAUCUGUACACACAGAAUAAAGAGGAUUCUCACAGGUUGUCCGUUGCAAAAACUGAGCAUUUUGUAGAGAGGAAAUUGAACAAUAUACAAUUUCGGGUUCGAGAAAUUUGAUUUUAGAAGGUACAUGAGGAAGUGUAAGGAGAUUGGAGAAACCGCGUCUGUGGAGGUGGCGGAGGAAGGCUUAAGGAUGACCAGAGCUAGAACUACCCUAGCGGCGGCAAAGGCUGCUGCUGAGGAGUCGACGGAGAGAAAGAGAAAAGUUCGCGGAGGAGAAUUGGAGGUAGCCAGGUCCGAAGUUCCGCUAAAAUCUAUGCGUGUUGCCACGGUGCCGGAUAAUUCAGCUUCACCGGCGACUUCUGAAAAUUUAUCGUGCGCGAGCAUUAGCUCCAUUCAAGUUUUAGCACCUUGCUACUCGAGUAGAGAAUUGAGUGAGGUGGAUAAAGACAGUUUCAAUUCCCAAGAUCUGAAGAAUGAGAAUGAAGCGAGUGUUGAGGAGGUUGCAACAUCGACUGGUGAUUUGGUGGAUUGCAAUGAGAGUUACAGUAAAGAGAAGACUCCAUCCUUCGAGUUACGAUCCGAGUCAGGCGUGCUGGAAUCAACGGCGAAGCCACACGAGGUGAGUUCUCGCCGCUGCCCAGAGGCGGAGAAGUUGCCAUCUGAAGCGGAGCUUGAAGAAUUCUUCGCAGCCGCAGAAAAGGACCUCCAGAAAAAAUUUAUUGAUAAGUAUAACUAUGACAUAGUGAAAGACGAGCCAUUGGAAGGGCGCUAUGAGUGGGUUCAACUUCAAGUAAAGCCAUGAAGAAGAUAGAAAUUCUUUAUAACUCAAAACGCAAGAAGAUUAUUACACUGGCUAACUAUCUUCUCCACUGCUACAAUUCUUAUCUAUGAGUGAAGUAAAUCAAUUAGUAUUGUUGGUGCGUACCACUGGUUUAAUCUUAAUCCAUGUUUUAAAUAUUCUUCAAUGUAUAGCUAGUUCUCUCUUUCUUCCUAGUCUUGUUUGCAUAUAAUCUGCAAAUACUAAACUGUAGUCUGUAGAAAGAAGCUUCUGCUUCAAUAAAAUGGAAAUUCAAUCCUUUAAGGGAAAACAUUGAAGAACCAAAAGCUCCUUUUAUUUUUUAGUCCUAUUUUUCAUACCUGUCA